CUUUGGGAUUCAACAUGAUGGCAACGGCAAUGACUGUGAGCCGAUUGGGAAAAGACCUUUCGUCAUGUCUCCACAGCUCCUGUAUGGCACCUCCACCCCCAGCUGGUCGCGCUGCAGCCGCCAGUACAUCACCCGCUUCCUGGAGUGAGUUCUAAUUCUAUUGUCCCACACUGAUGACCUCAUCAUUCUGUCUGUUUACGUUUCUCCCUGUUUCUCUCUGACUUUGUAAUGAUCAUGCAAAUAAUGAUAUAUAGAAAAACCAUACAAUGCAUCAUUCAAUCAGGCUUAAUUGAACUGAUGGAGUUAAUGUGUGAUUGAGCUACAGUGGUCCUCUGUAGCUCAAUUGGUAGAGCAUGGCGCUUGUAACGCCAGGGUAGUGGGUUUGAUCCCCGGGACCACCCAUACGUAAAAAUGUAUGCACACAUGACUGUAAGUCGCUUUGGAUAAAAGCGUCUGCUAAAUGGCUUAUUAUUAUUAUUAUUAUUAUUAUUAUUAUUAUUAUUAUUAUUAUUAUAUUAUUAAUGCAAUGUUCUCAAAGGAAAACAGAAUGCUAACAUAAUUUCCUCACUAUCUGUCGUUCUAUCUAUCUCUCUCUCUCUUUAUGUCUCUCUCUCCGUCUGUCUUUCUCUCUCUCAUUCUCUCUCUCUUCUCUCCUCACCCCCUUCAAACCACUUUAUCUGUCUCUUUCCCGUGUCCAACUCCCAAUGCUACAAUUCCACUCAUCGUUUGUGCCACUGAUGGCCCUUGAAUCCAUAAUACAGCUACUCUCCAAUAAGGACCUAAUGUAAUAUGUACCGUAUAUAUGCGCUGGUUAUGAGUGCAUUCUAAUUGUCCCAUGGUCUCUUUGUUCCAUGUUCCUUGCUUGAUGCUUUCAAAUUGAUCAGUUCCACCACUGAUGUAUCCACUUUCAAUCUACCAUCUACCCAAAAUAGCCUGAAUAUGAGAGGGUUGUAUGUGGAUGGUACUUAGAAUGUUUAAAUCGCAGAUCAAUUGACAAAAACUCAUCAUUGCUUAGUACCAUCCAAUUGAUCUGAGACUCCGAGACAAGCGUCAGAGACUUGUUUGGUUCCUAUGUAAACCAGGAUAAAGGCUCUCUUUCAAUACAUCAUGCACCCUUUCCGGUCAUAGGUCUGUGCUGAUGAAAUUGUCACCUCACAUUAUGUGUGAAUAUGUUAUUUUCUAGGACACGACUGUGUCUAUAUCUUAAUGCAAAACAUACUGAAAGAUGUAUACUUUGUCACACUAUAACAGAUAUGCUUUCUGCUUUAUUUGUGUUUUUGCAGCUUGAAAAAUAAUUGAAAUACCUCCUUGUAAGCGCCCUCAGCUUUUUUAAAAACAUUUUAGUCAUUUUAGCAGACGGUCUCAUCCAGAGCAACUUACAGUUAGUGAGUGCAUACAUUUUCAUACUGGCCCUACGUGGGAAUCAAACCCACAACCAUGGCGUUGCAAACACCAUGCUCUACCAACUGAGCUACACAGGACCUGUAGCUUCACAGGAGGAUCGUACGCUGUGCUUUCUGAGGCUUAGACUAGACUGACUCAAUAGUCUCUUUUAGUGAUGAUGCCACUCAGACUUUAAUGAGGAUAGCAAUGAAAGAAAUAUGCACCUGGAUUCCCAGAAUUCAGGUUCGUAAUUAGGACUCAUUUGUAUUGUUGCUCAGAUCUGAAAGUAAAAGGAUUCGUUUCCAAUCGUGACUCCAAAUGUCAGAAGUGAUAUUAUGAGGUUUUCUUUAGGAAGGCAAUGUCAUGCUUGAAUCCAUUGCAAAUCCCAGAGACUGCUAACGGCAUUUGAAAUGUAAAUAGAUGCAUAGAAAUGUGUUGAUGCGUAACAAUGCAUUGAUACAUUGAGGACCACUGGCUGUACCAUGCAUGUUCUGUCCAGUUGUCCACUCUAUAUGCAAGACAACUGGCCACCCCUCUGAGCCUGGUUCCUCUCUAGAUUUCUUACUAGGUUCCUGCCUUCUAGGGAGUUCUUCCUAGCCACUGGGCUUCUGCCUCUGCAUUGCUUGCUCUUUGGGGUUUAAGAUGGGUAUCUGUAAAGCACUUUGUGACAGCUGCUGAUGUAAAAUGGCUUUAUAAAAAUACAUUUGAUUUGAGUGUUAUAAUGUCAUGAGCUUACCUUAAUGAUAUGGUGUAUCCUCCAGUUCUGCUCAGAGUAGGACCGUUUCAGAUGGGUAGCUCAUAUUGUCAGAGUACCAGCAGGGUUAGGAGAAUGAGCUGGCAUGCAGGCGGUCAGUCGGUUCAUUGUACUCCCACUCCGUCCUGCUCCUGAAUGGGAGAGGGUAAUAGCCUCUCCUUCCAGCUGGCACUAGCCAUGGGCCCAUGUACACCACUGCUAUCUCUCCUCAUCCUUCCCUCAUUUUUCUCUCUAUCUCACUCACUCUUUCUUUUUAUAUAUAUAUAUUUAUAUCUCUCCUCCUAUUUCUCUAUAUAUGUCUCUCCUAUUUCUUCCAGCUGGCACCAUCCAAUUGCCUCCCUCUAACGCUUUUUUACAUCCCAUCUCCUCCUCCUCCUCUUCCUCCAUUUGUCAUCUUUCCCUCCCUCCUCUUCCUCUCAUCUUUUCCUGCACCCACCACAAGGGCUAAUGGCCGAGGGGUUCCUCAGGGCUCAGUACUCAGUUCUAUUCAGUUGUCUGACUCUGAGCUGUAGGUGUUAGUUAAAUGUGGAAUGUGGAAUGGCAUGCUGAGCCAUGGGGUUCAGAUGGUUAUCCUAUAGAUGGGCUGAGGGCGGAGAGAGCGGCUCUCCAACAAUGUCUAGACUAGAUUGUUUUGAAGGGGAGUUGGAGGUUGGAAGGAGACGUGGGGGUUACAAAAAAGCCCCAAAGCUAUUCAUGUGUGUAAUUGCAAUGAAAAGGAAUCUGGAAAUUGCAGCGAGGACAGUUAUUGCCUACUGCUUGAUUGUGAGUGGACAAGACUUCUAAGACUUAAGCUGUAAAUGAACACGCACCAUGCAGUGCGUCAAUUUUUUGACUGUUUGAAAGGUGAAUGACGUUUUCACUGGUGUUUACAUAAGGUCAGACAUUCGUAUUGUUGACACUUAUUUUAGCUAGUGACUUGACUUUUGACAAUAUUAGCAUUCUUUGUGUAGCUUUUCAGAAAAUAAUCGAGUUUAUAAAGUUACUUCAACCUGCAUAAACUUCUCCUGGACAGCACAAGUGUUUUUCUUCCACAAGCCUCUAUUCAGUGGACCCAUGCAGCCAUAGUCACUCAUGGAGAACAAUUUAAUUGCUCUUGCAUAGUGGUCAAUAUUAUGUCAUCCCAAAUGCAUCAUCAUUUAUUUUAUUUAUUUGAGUUUUAUUUAACUAGGCAAGUCAGUUAAGAACACCUUCUUAUUUACAAUGUCGGCCUACACCAUUUUAUAUGUAUGCAUCAUUAAACUCCUGGUUAUUGAAGUCUCAUUGAAGAGGUAGUCAUGUAAUGUAGGUUAAGCAGCUGUUAACAGAUGUUGAGACAAAUAUCCCCCCCUUUUAGGAAUACUGCAUCUAAAGUUACAAAGAAUAGCUUUGCCCUUGGAUUAACCAGUUCAAUCAAAGUUUGCAUUUCAGAAUCAGGGAAAAUAAUAAGUAUUAGGGGAUGUUUUGUCCAUAGAUCCCUGUACUAUUGUCCAUUAUCAGAUGCACAACAUAUACAUUACACAGAAAUGCUAGCACCUGCUAUCACAAAUGCCAUUAGCUUAGCUGUUAAAUGGUCUUUUUUAGUUUAGAUUAUUUGAUAUUUUAAAAUAAGGUACACAUACAAAAAGUAUGCACUUCAUUUAAGAAUCAGAAGAGAAACACAAAGUCUCCGCCUUAUUUCCAUUUGGUCCUCUAUCAUGACAGCGUUUGGCAAAUGUGGCAGGACCAAAAAAAACCACAGAAGCUAAAAUGGCAGGUCAGUCUUCAGGAGUCGCUACUGUGGUCCAAAGUCUAAUAUAGGGUCACUUGUUCAGCUCUGAAAGCAGUCUGUGGAAUUCUCCUGACCUACAUUUCUAGGCAUGUUGAUUUUUUUAUUUUAUUUUUUCUUCCUGCAGCUGUGAGGUGCAGCUGGCCAACUCCACCUUUAUAGCUCCUCCAGAUGAUCUGGGCCUGUAUUCAUAAAGUGUUUCAGCGUAGGAGUCCUGAUCUACGAUCAGUUUUUCCUUUUAGAUAAUGCUGAAUAAGACAGGGAGGACCUGAUUCUAGAUCAGCAAUCCUAUUUUGAGACACUUGGGAAUACAGGCCCUGAGUUUGGUAGUCCUAAUCCAUCUCACCAGCUUCACCUUUUUCUGUUAUUUUACCAGAUCAUCUCAGCUUUCAAGCUCACAGCUCCAUAGUAACCAAGUGGCCAUUUUGUUUCUCGACUGGGUGCAUAGGGUUCAUUGAAUGAAGUACAUUUGAACUCCGUCAAAUCUAUGGAAUUUGUUGAAAUGAGUGUCAUCUAGUUGCCAUUAUUGAUUGCCUGAUAGUGAAAUCAGUCAUUUAAUAUUUUGCGUGUGAAUCUGGCUGUUGCUAGGUAGAGGAAAUUCCAAUGGAUUGCUUAGUCUCAGUUAAGCCUUAUUCAUCAUUAGUCACAACAAAAUCAGUUGUAUUAGUGUAUUUAUCAUGACUGAUGUCAUAAUCUGUUAUAGCAUGUUAUUGUAUUGGUUUGGACUGAUGCCGUGUCUACACUGAAGUAUUUUCAGAUGCAUCAUUGUAUAAAUGUUGCUUCAGAAAUGCAAACAAUCUUUGUUAGAGUUGAAAUCACUAACAUAUUUUAAUAGGUUAUUUCAGGUGAAAUGCUACAUAAGUGGAACAGACUGAGUUUACUGAAGCAGGAUAUUAGAAAGGCCCUUAGCCAUAGUUUUAUCAAUUAAUUGCAAAGACAACAGUUGUAAAAGUAAUGGUUUAAACAUUCUUUGCUGAAUCUGUCCAGCUCAAAUGUAAUAACCCACUAUACUGCAGGCAAUAAAACAUGUGAACUUUAGCUACCCUGAUACUCCAGUAGGUUUCAAUAUGACUGAAUAGUGUCUGAGGGAUGAAAUUGGAGAUCAGAGUUGAGUUUUGCUCGCCGAGAUCCACACAGCUUUUUACAUUGUUAGGAGAGAAACUAGCCUGGUCUCAGGUCUCUUUUGUACUGUCUUGCCAACUCCUGUGGUCAUUGUUUAGCGUGACAAUGACCAUAAAAGUCGGCGAUACAGCACAAACCGAUCUAGGACCAGGCUUGAGAGAAACAGGCCUGCUGGGAGGAUUUGAGUCUUGAUAGCAGUUCCACUUACUGCUGUGAUCACACCUCACCAAUUACUGGGUCAGAAUCAGUGGCCUGGGCAGUGAUGCAGAGAAAACAACAUUCAAUAAAAUAACACCAAGGGUAGAAAUGAUCCUUUGCUCUAUUCAGAAAGCUUUCAGACUAAUCAGUGUGAAUGAAAGCAGUAGAACUGGUCUUGAUUGAACACUUCAAUACUCUUAUUGAUUACCUUUACCGCCCCCCCCUCGAUGGAGUUGUGUUGUGGUCGCCUCAGGGUCUCUUCUCGUUUCCACCUCCAGAAAUGAGCCAAAUAAUAUAUUGGUAAAUGAAUUUUUACAAUGAUUUUAACAUAUUGGUCCAUGCAUAUAGCCUAUGCAUGGUCUAUAUUAUCAGAUGUGCUAUUAGCAAUAAGCAUUAUCACCUGUAGCCCAACUGAUGCAGCAUAGUGGCUAUAAAUACAUAGGCUGAAGCAUGGGGUUGUCUAUCUGCAUUUACCCUGUUGGGCUAAUCAUUGGGCGAGUUCGUUUUGCAUGGCCCGGUACCCCGGGUAGGCGGAGUUUGUACAUGUUUAGACCAUUCCAUUGGUCCUUAAGUGAACUCUCCACCCACCCGGGGCACCCAUGCAAAACAAACUCUCCCAUGAGUUGAGUCACAGGUGUGCCGCUAAAAAAAUCAGCUGGCAGGUGGAAUGUGAACGUUCUUCCAACGUGUGGGUCAGCUCGUGGUUCAGAACAAUUACAUUUGUCUGAAACAUUUUAAAUUAAAAUAAUACAAUUUUUUUUUUUAAACAGGAGCUUGUUAUGUAGCAUUGUGUUGUGAAUUCCAAUCUGUGAGCAGCGAGGCAGACAAGGCUACCAACCACGCACGCAUUGAGAGUGUAGAGCCGGGAACAGUCCGUUAUUUGUGUUGUGUGAAAACAUUCUAAUUUGUCCACAUGCAGAGCUUAUGUUCCCUCUCCCCACGUGAGAAUACGACACGUUGCCAAGUUGACUUUCCCUGGAUAGCCUAGCUCACCCUAAAAUGGCUAAUGUAGGCGGUAAAUUUAAGGUUAUGAUAAGGGCAGGGGCGCAACUUUGGUUUUAGAAGUGGGGGGGGGGACAUAACUAUUAUUAUUUUUAAACAAUUUAUCCAGUCGGAUAAACACUCCAAACAGCCUACCCGACGCUCGGAGGCGUCUGCAUGGUCCUAAAGCAUACCGUUGCCUCGUUUUUGUAUCACAUUCCAAUGAUAAAACUGUGGGGGGGGACGACAAAAAUGCAGUUUCAGAAUGUGGGGGGGACAUGUCCUCCCCGUCCCCAGUGAAAGUUGCGCCCCAUUGUGGAAGUAGGUGCUGCACGAGUGAAAUCAACACGGUAGAUUGUUACACAGCCUGCACUAAGUGCAAGCAGGGUAAGACUAUUUUUUCCAGAUAAUUGUUAAUUAUUACAUUAAUUCAUGCUUAGACGAUACGCAGGCCAUAUAAAAUGGUGUGGCUGGCAAGCGUUUGAGUAGCCUACUAAAAUACAUUUAGCCUACAUUUGUAACCUAUAUUUGAUUCUGGGAUUUCCCUCCUAUGGCACUCGUAACUUGAGUGCACCUCUAAAGGAAUAUUUACCUCGCAUAGAACACACAACAUCAAACCGUACUUUCACACAGGAUUUACGCUAUUUUAACCCCCACCCUUACAAACAGAUGUGGUUGGGCGUCUAUUUUAAUAGAUCCAUUGAAAAUAUACCCAUCAAAAAUAAAUCCAUUAUUAAUUUGUUUAGGCAGGUCCUAAGAAACAAAAGACUAAUAAAAUGUAUUUGAAAAAAAAAUUUAUGGCAUAUUUUGAGUUCAAUUAUGUUGGGCUACUGGUCUGUGCAGCGUCAUGCACACAAUAAUCACUAGUUUUGUUAAUUAAACAGCCAAGACACACUUAGGCUACCCUGAUCACAGUCAACACACAUAUAUGUUAUAGUAGGCUAAGAAUAGCAUGAAAUAUAACAGAAUAAAAUACAGCAAAUAUUUUCCCAACACAACUUGCAUCAUGGAAACGUGUGGAACCGCUGUCAUAUAAAAAAAAAGGUGAUCUUUUAAAACAGAGCCCAGGGCAAGCCCAUGCUUUUUUGAUCUCUUUCCUAAUCUGUGUUGUUAGGGAGCGUAGGAGCUUACAUUGAGAGUAUCUUCAUCAUGAUACCCACAGAAAAUAAUAGCAAUCUAUAUUUUCAAAAGCAUUUGAGUGUCCUGUUCAUAUUUCACCACCUCAGCAGGCCGUUGGAGUUGCCUGUAUCCAACACCACGGGUAUUCAACUCUGACCCUAUGAGGUCCGGAGCCUGCUGCUUUUCUGUUCUACCUGAUAAAUCAGUCCCUGGUUGUCAGAUUCUUCUAUUCAUUACUCAUUUUGUUUGCGGAGGAAAAGUAAAUGUGGACUGUUCCAGCGUCUUCAAAGUGCGGCGGGAAAUUAAAACUUUCCCAAUACUAGGAUUUGAAAGUGCCCCUUAUGGAGAUAGAUUGGAUCCCCUUAAAAUGGGGAUUGACUCGUUUUAUAUUUAAUGUGAUAGAAUGCCUGCUGUAUUCAUGUGGUUACAGCUUGGCAGUUUGACUGAGCUGGAGUUGACUUCUAACGACUGGUUUGACUGUGUCAUGCAGACAGCUCUCUAAACUAUGUUAGCACCCUGUCUGUCUGCUUUGUUGCAUGGAGACCUUGUCAUGCCGUCACUGUCUACUCAGUCACAUACAGCGCUGUCAACUAUGAAAUAAAUGGUCCAUUAAAAUCAGGCUCAAUCAUAUUUCAGCCCUCCUCCAUUUUGUUCUAGCCAUAAAGGGAUAGCUUGGGAUUUUGGCAAUGAAGCCCGUUAUCUAUUGUCCGAUGAACUCGUGGAUACCCUUUCUAUGUCUCUGCGUCUAGUAUGAAGGAAGUUAAAAAAACAAGGUACUUUCGCAAGCCAAAUGCUAACUAGUGUUAGCACUAGCUUAGCCAGACUUCCAGUCUUUGCACUAAGCUAGUUUGCAUUGGCUCAUGAAACGACCUUUUUUUUAUUUUUUUUUUUAUAUUAUAUAUAUAUAUAUAUAUAUAUUUAUUAUUUUUAUUAUAUUAUUUUAUUUUUUUGUCAUUUAGUAGAGGGCAUACAUUUUCAUACUCUAACUUCCUUCAUACUGGACGGAGAGUCAUAAAAAUGGUAUCCACGAGUUCAUCUGAUCUGGGGAAGUAGAUAACGGGCUCCAUUGCCAACAUCCCAAACUAUCCCUUUAAUAACACACCUUUUCACCAUCUCGAUUUGCGUGUGCAUGUGUGUCACUUUAAUGCAUUUGUCUGACCACCAUGUUGUUGUGGUUGUUCUUCCACAGUCGAGGCUGGGGCUGGUGCCUGGAUGACCCCCCUGUGCGGAACGUGCUGGAUCUGAACUCUGUUCCCCCCGGGGUCCUGUACAGCGCUGCCCACCAGUGCCGCCUACAGUACGGCUCUGGGUCCCUGCUCUGUGACGACGUGGACGUAAGACCCCUGAAUCUGAACCAAUACUUGUCUGUUUCUUCAGCAUGCUCCUGCUAUCUGCAUAUCCCUCUAUGGUGUGCCCUCUGUGUCCCACAACGCUCGUCACAGCUCUCCCCUUCUCACUUCUCCUAUUGUCUCCUCUUCACUAAUGGUGUGUCAUGGCCAUCAUACCUUGCUCUUAAUUCCCCCACUAGUUACUGUAACCCUGCAUCACUCCUCUUAGCCGUUCCACCUUCUUCUCCCUCCGUCACUUCCUUACUGCUCUCUGUCUCUAUUCUCACACCCCCCUCCAUUUUACUCUUUACUCCUCAUCCUCAUUACUCUUCAUCCUCUUUACUCCUCCACUCCUCAUUACUCCUCCACUCCUCAUUAUUCCUCAUCCUCUUUACUCCUCAUCCUCAUUACUCCUCUUCCUCAUUACAUUACUCCUCAUUACUCCUCCACUCCUCAUUACUCCUCAUCCUCCUUACUCCUCAUCCUCAUUACAUUACUCCUCCCUCAUCCUCUUUACUCCUCAUCCUCAUUACUCCUCCGCUCCUCAUCCUCAUUACUCCUCAUCACUCCUCAUCCUCAUUACUCAUCAUCCUCAUUACUCCCCCACUCCUCAUUACUCCUCCGCUCCUCAUCCUCAUUACUCCUCAUCCUCAUCCUCAUUACUCCUCAUCCUCAUUACAUUACUCCUCCCUCAUCCUCUUUACUCCUCAUCCUCAUUACUCCUCCGCUCCUCAUCCUCAUUACUCCUCAUCACUCCUCAUCCUCAUUACUCCUCAUCCUCAUUACUCCCCCACUCCUCAUUACUCCUCCACUCCUCAUCCUCAUUACUCCUCCACUCCUCAUUACUCCUCCACUCCUCAUUACUCCUCAUCCUUUUUACUCAUCAUCCUCUUUACUCCUCCACUCCUCAUUAUUCCUCAUCCACUUUACUCCUCAUCCUCAUUACUCCUCUUCCUCAUUACAUUACUCCUCAUUACUCCUCCGCUCCUCAUUACUCCUCAUCCUCCUUACUCCUCAUCCUCAUUACAUUACUCCUCCCUCAUCCUCUUUACUCCUCAUCCUCAUUACUCCUCCGCUCCUCAUCCUCAUUACUCCUCCACUCCUCAUUACUCCUCCACUCCUCAUUACUCCUCAUCCUUUUUACUCCUCAUCCUCUUUACUCCUCCACUCCUCAUCACUCCUCAUCCUCAUUACUCCUCAUCCUCAUUACUCCCCCACUCCUCAUUACUCCUCCACUCCUCAUCCUCAUUACUCCUCCACUCCUCAUUAUUCCUCAUCCACUUUACUCCUCAUCCUUAUUGCAUUACUCCUCCGCUCCUCAUUACUCCUCAUCCUCAUUACUCCUCAUCCUCUUUACUCCUCCACUCCUCAUUACUCUUCAUCCUCUUUACUCCUCAUCCUCAUUACUCCUCACCCUCUUUACUCAUCCACUCCUCAUUACUCCUCAUCCUCUUUACUCCACCACUCCUCAUUACUCCUCAUCCUCUUUACUCCUCUAAUCCUCUUUACUCCUCAUCCUCUUUACUCCUCAUCCUCUUUACUCCUCAUCCUCAUUACUCCUCCACUCCUCAUUACGCCUCCACUCCUCAUUACUCCUCAUCCUCAUUACAUUACUCCUCCACUCCUCAUUAUUCCUCAUUACUCCUCAUUACAUUACUCCUCCACUCCUCAUUACUCAUCAUCCUCAUUACUCCUCCACUCCUCAUUACUCCUCCACUCCUCAUUACUCCUCAUCCUCUUUACUCCUCCACUCCUCAUUACUCCUCCACUCCUCAUUAUUCCUCAUCCUCUUUACUCCUCAUCCUCUAUUGCUUCCUCAUUAAAUCGCAUUUAACUCCAUCAAUCCUCUUUAACUACUCCACAAUCCACUCCCUCAUUACCCUUCAUCCUCUUACUCCUCAUCCUCAAUUACCCCAUCCUCUUACCUCCUCAUCCUCUUUACUCAUCCACUCCUCAUUACUCCUCAUCCUCUUUACUCAUCCACUCCUCAUUACUCCUCAUCCUCUUUACUCCUCCAAUCCUCUUUACUCCUCAUCCUCAUUACUGGUCCACUCCUCAUUACGCCUCCACUCCUCAUUACACCUCCACUCCUCAUUACUCCUCCACUCCUCAUUAUUCCUCAUCCCUUUACUCCUCAUCCUCAUUACUCAUCCUCAUUACAUUACUCCUCCACUCCUCAUUAUUCCUCAUACUCUUUACUCCUCAUCCUCGUUAUUCCUCAUUACAUUACUCCUCAUUACAUUACUCCUCCACUCCUCAUUACUCCUCCGCUCCUCAUUACUUCUCAUCCUCUAACUCCUCAUCCUCAUUACAUUCUCCCCCUUCCUCAUAGCCC